AUGCGUACCCCUUCUCUUGUGAGCCUCGCGCUGGUCUCAUCGUCGGCCUUUGCGUCGCUGCAGGUCAUUCCAGGCGCCACCUGGACGGCAACAAACACGGGCGAGCACAUUCAAGCCCACGGCGCCGGCAUCAUCAAAGUCGACGACACAUACUACCUGAUUGGCGAGGACAAGACGAACGGCACCGCCUUCCUGAACGUCAACUGCUACUCGUCCACCAACCUUGUCGAAUGGACCUACGAAGGCGCUCUGCUCUCACAGGAGGCCUCUGGCGACCUCGGUCCCAGCCGCGUGGUCGAGCGCCCCAAGGUCAUUUACAAUGACGAGACAAGCAAGUACGUGCUGUGGAUGCAUAUCGACUCGUCCGAUUACAAGGAGGCGAAGACGGGUGUGGCGACUGGUGAUACCGUUUGCGGAUCCUACGAGUAUCAGGGGAGCUUCCAGCCGCUGGGUUUUCAGAGCAGAGACAUGGGCUUAUUCAAGGACGAUGACGGCUCGGCGUAUUUGCUGACGGAAGACCGCGAAAACGGCCUCCGCAUCAACGCCCUGACCUCGGACUACCUCAACGUCACGGGCGACUCGUCCGUCUACCGCUUCGACGAAAAAUACGAAGCGCCCGCCGUGGUCAAAGCCAACGGGACCUACUUCCUCUUCGCCUCCCAGCUCUCAGGCUGGGACCCCAACGACAACUACUACACCACCGCCACCUCCCUCUCCGGCCCCUGGACCAGCUGGCGCACCUUCGCCCCCGCAGGCUCCAAAACCUACUCCUCGCAAACCACCUUCGUCCUCCCCCUCACCGGCACGUCCGGCACCGCGUACGUCUACCUCGGCGACCGCUGGGUGUCCUCCGCCCUCUUCCGCAGCACCUACGUCUGGCUGCCCCUCUCGCUCGACGGCUCCGCCGCCACCGCCUCCAUGUCCGACAGCGUCAACUGGAUCCCCGACGUCGGCGCCGGCACCACCUCCCCCGGCCCCGGCGAGUCGCAGCCCGAAGGCGAAGCCGCGACGCUGGCGGGCGGCGCGCAAGUCGUGUCGUGCGCCGGAUGCAGCGGCGGGCAGGCGGCGGGGUAUAUUGGCGGGACGAGUGCCCCGGGGGGGUCGGUGACGUUUUCGGCGAUCGCGGUGGAUGCGGCGGAGGGCAAGACGACGGUGCGGGUCAAGUAUCAGAAUCUGGACGCGGCGGCGCGGUAUGCGAGCGUGGUGGUGAAUGGGGGCGCGGGGCAGACGGUGGCGUUUUUGCCGACGGUGCAGGGGACGGUCGGGAGCAGCGUCGUGCAUGUGCAGUUGGAGGGGGGCAGCGGGAAUGAGGUCGUGAUCGAGGGCGUGGCGGAGGGCGGGUGGGGGCCGGAUGUGGAUCGGAUUAUGGUGCCGAGGUCGUAG